ACACCAUGAAAACAACUACUUCUAUCCAAGCAACAAAACCUCUUAUCUACAAAUCCUUCUUACUCUCUCUUUUCCUUUCUCUUAUUUUCAUAAUCUUUCUCUUCACUGAUCAACUUCUAUCUCUUCACAAUCAACACAUCAAAUCCACCAUUAAUAUUGUUCCCCAGACGUCGAGUCUUCAAAGCCAUGCCAACCUCAGAAUGCGUCAGGGUUUCAACACCUAUGAUUCAUAUCUAAAGCACCAACUAAACAAAACCCUGAAUCCAAAACUGAGAAACUUAUGGGUAACAAGGGACUGGGAACGUAAAAUCAAAGUAUUCUCCAAAUUCUUCAACAAACUGAAAAACCAAAAUCUCCUCGCCAACAAUUCUAAAUCGCUAUGCAUCGGUGCUCGAGUCGGACAAGAAGUUGCCGCGUUAAAACUUGUCGGUGUUUCCCACUCGGUUGGUAUUGAUUUAGUUCCAUUUCCACCAUUAGUUGUACAAGGAGAUUUUCAUGACCAACCAUUCAAGAAUUCUACAUUUGAUUUCGAGUUCUCAAACGUGUUUGAUCAUGCAUUAUAUCCGAGUAAAUUUGUGGGUGAGAUCGAACGGACGUUAAAGCCUGGUGGCAUUUGUGUUCUACACGUGGCGGUAUCUAAACGGGGUGAUAAAUAUUCAGCUAAUGAUCUAUUUAAUGUUGAUGGAUUAGUUGGUUUGUUUAAGGUUUGUGAUGUUGUGCAUGUUAUAAAAGUUGAUGGGUUUGGUUUAGACACCGAAAUUGUUCUGAGGAAAAGAAAAUCAUAA